AUGCUGCAGGGCGCCGGAGUCUUCUCCGCCGGCGACACUUCUCUGGCUAAUCAAGUCUGCUCUGACCAGUCACACUUUAACGAUAUUGCCGACCUGUCGGGGCCCACGGCAGAGGAACUGGCCACGACGGCGGACGGGGCCGACACUGCCUGUCCCGGGGAGGAGGACCCCUUCCGCGUGAAACUCCGGAUCGACACCGUUCCUUACACUGUGACGCUGCCGCUUCUCCCCGAAGCUGUAAGCUCCUCCAACGCGAGCCGCGUCACGGUUUACUGGGGCGUGCCCGGUAGUGGCCCGAAUGUGACACGGGACGCCACGGCAAACAGCGGGACCGCGGUGGCUGCGACGACCUCUUUUUCGUAUACUUACGAGA